AUGAUACCAAAGUCUGCUCUGCAUUGGCCUUUGAUCGUUGCCCUGGCCGCCUGUCUUCAGCUAGGCGUUAACAGUGUGCCCAUAGAAGCGAAACCCGAGACGCGUUCGCUAUUCUUCCUGUUAGGAUCUUCGAAAGUUAAUGUCAACGUUGGAAACAAUGGGUCGUCAGAGUUGGCUCUUCGACAAGCACUUGAGGAUUACCCACCAUUCCAAGACCCAAUUUUGCUGGCUGACGCGUUACAAAAUGCAGCUCAACUCCAGGAAGCGUUGAUACGUCAACAGUUUUUGCAAAGCUUUGUGCAGUCGCUUUUGGCCAACAAUGCGCCCAACACUAUUGCAACAAUAUUACCAGAUGCUCCCAUAGACUUGGAUGCACAGACGGAUGAAACCGAUGAAACAGACUCCGAGGCCAUAGAUGAGAAUGAUGGCGAAUACGAUUACAUAGACUUUAACAAGGGAUCACGCAUCAAAUACGAUUUGGAUAACAAUCGGCAACUAGUUGAUUAUCUCACAGGACAAUCGACGAAUGGACAAAACGCACAAAACAAUAAUGGAGCCGGUAAUAAUGGAGGCGGCAAUAAUGCUUUUAAUCAGUAUAAUCAAUAUGAAGCCGACUUAUGGAAUGCCUACUACAAUGAUUACAACUAUGCCCAAUACCUGCAAAACUACGAGUACUACGCCGCUUUGCUGGCCUAUCUAGAAGCCCAAAAUGCGAACUCACAGACCACAACUACCACAACAACCGCAGCACCGACAACUACCACAACAACAACAGAGGCUACAACGGUUUCCACUUCUACAGCAUUGCCAACACAGUCUCCCACGGUGACUACAUCGACAGCAUUGCCAACAUCUUCGCCCACGGUGACUACUUCGACAGCAUUGCCAACAUCUUCUACUACAGAUUCAACCACUUCUUCUACAACUGAAUCGACAACAGCUUCAACAACUGUCUCGACAUUCAACUACUUCCUCAACAACAGAGUCAACCACAGCUUCAACAACUGUUUCGACCUCCACAGCAAUACCAACAUCUUCUACCACAGAUUCAACUACUUCCUCAACAACAGAGUCAACCACAGCUUCAACAACUGUUUCGACCUCCACAGCAAUACCAACAUCUUCUACUACAGAUUCAACUACUUCCUCAACAACAGAGUCAACCACAGCUUCAACAACUGUUUCGACCUCCACAGCAAUACCAACAUCUUCUACUACAGAUUCCACCACUUCAUCAACAACAGAGUCGACCACAGCUUCAACAACGGUUUCGACCUCCACAGCAAUACCAACAUCUUCUACUACAGAUUCAACCACUUCAUCAACAACAGAGUCGACCACAGCUUCAACAACGGUUUCGACAUCCACAGCGAUACCAACAUCUUCUACUACAGAUUCAACCACUUCAUCAACAACAGAGUCAACCACAUCUUCAACAACGGUUUCGACCUCCACAGCAAUACCAACAUCUUCUACUACAGAUUCAACCACUUCAUCAACAACAGAGUCGACCACAGCUUCAACAACGGUUUCGACAUCCACAGCGAUACCAACAUCUUCUACUACAGAUUCAACCACUUCAUCAACAACAGAGUCGACCACAGCUUCAACAACUGUUUCGACCUCCACAGCAAUACCAACAUCUUCUACUACAGACUCAACCACUUCAUCAACAACAGAGUCAACCACAGCUUCAACAACGGUUUCGACAUCCACAGCGAUACCAACAUCUUCUACUACAGAUUCAACCACUUCAUCAACAACAGAGUCGACCACAGCUUCAACAACUGUUUCGACCUCCACAGCAAUACCAACAUCUUCUACUACAGACUCAACCACUUCAUCAACAACAGAGUCAACCACAGCUUCAACAACGGUUUCGACAUCCACAGCAAUACCAACAUCUUCUACUACAGAUUCCACCACUUCAUCAACAACAGAGUCGACCACAGCUUCAACAACGGUUUCGACCUCCACAGCACUACCAACAGAAUCUACGACAGCUUCGUCAGAUAUUACAACUUCCACAGCGUUGCCAACAUCUACAGAUAUUUCAACAUCAACUGCAGUGGCCCCGUCAACCACACCAACCACGACUGUUCCAGUACGAAAACCAAGACCUUCGCGCAGACCCACCAGAAGAACAACCACAACGAGGAGAACAACCACAACCACUGCCGCCACAACCACAGUUGCCACAACAGCUGCAACCACAACAACAGCAGCCACAACAACAAUUGCCACAACUGCUUCUACAACUGCAGCCACAACUGCAUCAUCUGUGGACUCAAACAAUGCUACUACUACAACACCGCAACCAGAGACAACCACAGUUUCUUCCGACACAACAACAACCAUCCCAACAGCCACUACCACACCAUCAUUUCCCAGCGCAAGCAGUGA